CUCGAGGGCGGCGGCCAUUUUGGCCGGGUGGCAGCAUCCGGAGCACGUUGCCUCCGUCUCCAGCGUUGAAGCCACGGCGGCCGGCGAGGCUCCUCCCGGCGGCCCCCUUCCUUCCUUCUUCCCUCCCUCCCCCUUUCCGCUGCUCGCAGCCUCUCUGAGGAACUGAACUAUCCACCUCCAUCAGCUUGGAUCCUUAGUGUACAUAUAUAGAAUUCUAAGUUUCCCACUAUGGCUGAUAAGUUAACAAGAAUUGCUAUUGUAAACCAUGACAAGUGUAAGCCAAAGAAAUGCCGGCAGGAGUGCAAGAAGAGCUGCCCUGUUGUUCGAAUGGGAAAGCUGUGCAUAGAGGUAACAGCACAGUGUAAAAUAGCAUGGAUUUCUGAAACACUGUGUAUUGGUUGCGGUAUUUGCAUUAAGAAAUGUCCUUUUGGAGCCUUGUCAAUUGUUAAUUUACCCAGCAACCUGGAGAAAGAAACAACGCACAGAUAUUGUGCCAAUGCCUUCAAACUUCACAGGUUGCCUAUUCCACGUCCAGGAGAAGUGCUGGGGUUGGUUGGAACAAAUGGUAUUGGAAAAUCAACUGCCUUGAAAAUCUUAGCAGGGAAACAGAAGCCAAACCUUGGGAAAUAUGAUGAUCCACCUGAUUGGCAAGAAAUCCUGACUUACUUUCGAGGAUCUGAGUUGCAGAACUACUUCACAAAGAUUCUAGAAGAUGAUCUUAAGGCCAUCAUUAAACCUCAGUAUGUGGACCAGAUUCCUAAAGCUGCUAAAGGAACAGUGGGCGCUAUAUUGGACCGAAAAGAUGAAACAGGCACACAGACUAUUGUUUGUCAGCAGCUUGAUUUGUCACAUUUAAGAGAACGCAAUGUGGAAGAUCUCUCAGGAGGAGAACUUCAGAGAUUUGCUUGUGCUGUAGUUUGCAUCCAAAAGGCUGAUAUCUUCAUGUUUGAUGAACCCUCCAGCUACCUAGAUGUUAAGCAACGUCUGAAGGCCGCCAUUACUAUUCGAUCUUUAAUAAACCCAGACAGGUACAUCAUUGUUGUAGAACAUGACCUGAGUGUACUUGAUUAUCUCUCUGAUUUUAUUUGUUGCUUAUAUGGUGUGCCAAGUGCUUAUGGUGUCGUCACUAUGCCUUUCAGCGUGAGAGAAGGCAUAAAUAUUUUCUUGGAUGGCUAUGUUCCGACAGAAAAUCUAAGAUUCCGAGAUGCAUCCCUAGUUUUUAAAGUAGCAGAGACAGCUAAUGAAGAAGAAGUUAAGAAGAUGUGUAUGUAUAAAUAUCCUGGAAUGAAAAAAAAGAUGGGAGAGUUUGAGCUCUCAAUCGUAGCUGGAGAAUUCACUGACUCUGAGAUAAUGGUAAUGCUAGGAGAAAACGGAACUGGAAAAACAACAUUCAUUCGCAUGCUUGCAGGAAGACUUACACCGGAUGAUAAAAGUGAAGUACCAGUUUUAAAUGUUAGUUAUAAGCCACAAAAGAUCAGCCCUAAGUCUACUGGAAGUGUACGUCAGCUGCUUCAUGAAAAGAUUCGAGAUGCCUACACCCAUCCACAGUUUGUGACAGAUGUAAUGAAGCCUCUGCAGAUUGAAAAUAUCAUUGAUCAAGAGGUACAAACACUGUCUGGUGGUGAGUUGCAGCGUGUUGCUCUUGCUCUCUGUCUUGGCAAGCCUGCGGAUGUAUAUCUGAUUGAUGAACCUUCUGCAUACCUGGACUCAGAGCAACGUCUAAUGGCAGCUAGAGUUGUCAAACGUUUCAUUCUCCAUGCUAAAAAAACUGCCUUUGUGGUAGAGCAUGACUUCAUCAUGGCUACCUACUUAGCGGAUCGUGUCAUUGUCUUUGAUGGCAUUCCAUCCAAGUGCACAGUGGCAAACAGUCCCCAAACCCUUUUGGCUGGUAUGAAUAAGUUUUUGUCUCAGCUUGAAAUUACUUUCAGAAGAGAUCCCAACAAUUAUAGGCCAAGAAUAAACAAACUCAAUUCAAUCAAGGAUGUGGAACAGAAGAAAAGUGGGAAUUACUUUUUCUUAGAUGAUUAAAUGAAAAAUUGGUCAUCAAUUUAUAAAACUGAAAACUUUGUUAUAUGAAAUGCAAUCAGGUUUUAAAAUACCGCAUUCAUUCCAGAAGUUAAAAUCGAAUGUUACUGGCAAGUAACCUCUGCUGCCCAGUAGCAGUGUCAGUAUCACUUUUUGUGCCUGACAGGCCAUCUUUUGGAGAUAGUAUUUCAAAGCAGAGACAGCUGAAAUUUAUCAUACCAAGAGACUGCUUUUUUCACAACAGGAAGUUUUGGGUUCAAAUGUAAUUUAUUAAUGUACCAAAUGCUGACAUCUUUCAGUUGUUUUUCUGUACAAGAUGGUUUACAAAAUUGUAAAAGAAAAGAAAUUACUAUUUUAAAAGAUCUAGCUCUCUGUAAAUGAGGGUUUCAUAAAUAAAUGUCCACCUAAAUCUA